UAUCCAGGUAGCUAGUUAGCGGGUCAUGCAUGCAUGUUUUAGAACUUUGAUGAGUCGAAAGUCAACACUACGAAAGAAAAUGUAGCAACGCUGCAUAAUUAUUCAGCUUCGGAAAGGUUGAUAGCCAAACUUGUUCAUAAGCUUUCUUCGAAAGCGCAACCCACACUGUCGGUCGUAUCGAGGAUAUGGAGAAGCGAUAUUGAAACCAGUUUGUUGACUUCGCGUUAAGCAGAUCUUCGCGCAAUUGACACUUAAACUGUGCAUUUUUAUGGCUUGGCUUUUGCCGAUGUGCUUUAAACAAUGGCCGAAGACCCUGAUCAGCUGAAAAACGUCUUGAAAGAACGAGCAGUGGAACUGUUUAACUUAUGUGACCAAGACGGCAAGGGUUAUAUCACUGAGAGCGAACUACAACAUGUGAUCGCCGAAUUAGGACUACCCCUCGAUUCCAGCCAAGUUAAGCAGACUUUCAAUGAACUUGAUGACGACGAGAAUGGCUACUUGACUUUAGAGGAGUUCACUGCGGGAUUUGGUCUAUUUCUGGGCAUACAAUCGAGCGAUGAAGGAAACAACGAUUUGGAUGAAAUCACGUCAAUCAGCGACCCAGGCCGGGAGCUGUUCUUUCUCUGCGACCCUGAGGGAAAGGGUUACAUCACAAAAGCGGACUUAGAACGUGUUUCUGGAGAUUUGAAUUUGAAUUAUGAGCAGCUUGAUUUUAUAUUCGAUAAGCUUGACAUUGAUAAAAAUGGGCGUUUGACCUUGGACGAAUUCGUUGAAGGAUUCGGGACGUUCCUCAGCGAAGGUAACGGUUCAACGGAACUCGACUCGUCAAAACACGUCGACGACGAUUUGAACGACGAGUUUAAACAGCAAAACUUGCCCGAAGGGCACGAUAUAUUUGAAAGUUUAGAAACGGGACCAGAAUCUCCAAAUCAUGGCUCAGAAGAAGCCCUCUUCCGCGAAAUUGUGGAAAGCGUCGGAGAAGAUAUAUUUUCAGGGUAAAAUCACCGCUAUUGAUUGCCCAUUUUAAGUUGAAUUGACCCAUCUUUGAUUUAUUGUGUCAUUUGAAAAUGCUACACGCGUUAACUCCGCUAUCUUAUCAAGCCUACAAUAGCUUCUAAGAGCUAUUACUAUUAUUAUCGCUUCGGAUGUUUUGAGAGCGUGUUUGGGAAAAUGGCGAUUUAGGGAUAGGAUUAUUAUUAUUUUGUUCAAGUGUCGUGACGUGAGUUGUGGCGUUGCUUUCGUAAACCCCAGUGGGCCGAUGAAAGUAGUAAUGUUUGUUUACAUAUUGGCUUCGAACAAGAGUUUUUUUAUGCAAUUUCGCAUCUUUUUGUCGAGAAAACGCUUUUAGAAGUUUAAAAAUAUCGUUCUCUAUAAAGCAUAAAAUGCGCGGAAGCGAUUAGCAUACCAAUAAAAUCAUUGUUAAAACUAAAAAGUGUUAAAACUGAACGGUGGGUUCUUUGUAAUUAUUCAAAGAUGCUACGUAAACAGUUAUUAUUCCGUCUCAUUCUGUUAAACAAUAGUGGCUAUACUUUUGCAGUCCUGUUUAUGGAAAAAAGUAACAAGUCUGCUUAGUUUUACCACAGGACUCCGAUUCCAACGCGAUCUGCCGUUAAAAAUAAAUUCUCCAAGAAGGAAUUUUUGUCUUUCGGCUCAUGAAAUAGCGACGAGAAAUGUGCAUUUUGCGCGUUGAAUUUUUAAUUAACUCUUGCAUUUUUAAUUUUGUCAUCGGAUCAGUGGCAAAAGUCCUAUUACUUGAUCGUAGAUCCGGGUAAAGAUAAACAAAGCAUUCGCUCCUGUCCAUUUAGUUAAGACCCGGAAUUCCUCAUCUCGACAUGUUCUCAAAUUUGUUAUCCACAGAGUAAUUAAUUGUUGUUGCCAAUAUCUUUUUAAAAGAUUUAGUUUAAUUUCAUUUUCGAUCCGUUUAGCGUGUAUAGCGGUAAUAACACAUGUUUCCUAUUAACGGUUUAAUCUCUACCACUUAGGAGUCUAACUAAAGAUCAGCUGCGAGAUCUGUGGCAAGCUUUAAGGAAAAACGAUGUACGAGGAUUGCAGAAGUUCGAGGAAUUUUUGGGAAAAGUCUCCGGUGAGAUUAGACGAGCGAAAAUUGAUUCGGAGCAGCUUGAAUCUGCCCUUAAAAGGUAAACUGAGCAUACACUUGCUAAUUUUCCAUGUUUAAUUUCCUGAAAAGCUAAACAAUAUUUUUUUAGCAAUUAAACGAUUGAAUCUCCUUAUGGCCGUUGCGUCAUCCGCAGAAACUGCAAUAAUGGCUGCUACAUGUAAUUACCUUAAACGUAGACUGCUCUUUCUAAGAAAUUGUUUUUCCUGGGAGUUUCAGUUAAUUGUAGCACAUUUAAAUUUGCUCCCAAAUUGCCAUGUAUUAAUUAAAAGAAAAGAAAUAUUAGUCAACAAUUUAGUAAAAUGAUAGUUGUGUUGUCACUUUGAAAUACUGAGGUUGACUCUCAAAAUUGAAUUAUUUUGUUCUCUAUUGUAAGUGUUAGCAUGGGGCACUUAUCUUGAAGAAAAAAUGAGCAUUUUCAUAUGCUGUUAAGUAUGAAAUUACAAUUCAAAUUAACAUUUGAAAGAGGCAAUUACACAAUUUAGAAAGUGCCUAUUAGGUUCCUCAUAUUAUUAUUACUAUUAUCAUUAUAUUUCCCUAACUUGGUGAUAACAAUAUUAUCAAAAUAAUUUUUAAAUUCACAAGUCAUAGAGUACUUUUUAAAGACAUGUUUCGGCAUGACUCUUGCAAAUAAUUCAUCAGUUAAUUGUGUUGUACCCAUUAACUUUGCUUUUACACAAAACAUGUCUUUAAAAAGUAUUCUUGUGAAUUUGAAAUUUAUUUUAUUAUUAUUAUUAUUAAUAUUAUUAUUAGUAUUUUUAUUAUCAAUUGUGAUGGAUGAAGUAGAAACGGUAGAUAUAACACAUCAAGUGUGAUCAAGAGAUGAUUAAGUUGCCAGCCUUAAAGGAAGCAUUAGGUACUAAAAGGUGAAAUUUAGAUCAGAUCAAGACAGGUAUUUAACUGUUUUAUCUAAUUUAAGUAGGUAGGCCUUCAGGAACAGUUGAUAACAUGGGCUUCCAGGGCUUCUGGACAACAAUGUCACAUCCCAGUUGAAAUAUUUUGAGCUUGCUUAACAAUUAUAUAGUAGGGAUUGAUGUUCCCUUAAGUUUUAUGAACCUGGGAAAUAGGGCUCAAAGCAUAAUUUAAUCUCCCUUCUAUCCUUCCCUUAAUUUCCAUUUUUGCACUGGUCUGAAUGUGCAUGAAAAAAGCUAAUCAUUUAUACUGAAAAACAUUCUUAAUUAAUUUAAUAACAUGCAUUUAAGUUAUUGAGAAGAAAUGAGGUCUCAGUCUAUCAAAACCAAAGAAAGGAAAAAAUACUACUCCAAGCUACUUUAAGUUUCUUCUUCAGCUGCACUAGCAUGUUACAUAUUAGAUUGUUUCACUCUGCUGUCACAGAAAACUUAUUUAAAUCAUUGAUUUGAUAAUUAAUUAUGUAAACAUGAUGAUUUAGUUAAAUCUAAUCUAAUUUAGAAAUUAACUGAUUUACUACUUGGUUACAUUGAAGAAUUGUGGGCAUUGAUGAAAGUUUGUUAUGGGAAAACUACAUUUUGAAAGAAGUGCAGAAUGCAAAUUAGAAGAGUAGAUUUAUUUCACAGCUAAUAUUAUGAUCACUUUUUGUUACCCUAACCAAGCAAAGUGAUACAAGACCUUCUUCCCCAAACACAUCAAUAUGGUGAUGAAUUCACUAAAUAAUGUAACAGUUUCAUGUAGUUAAAAUACUUCUGUUCUGAUAGUUGUUUUUUGUUCUUUCGUAUAACAGCAAAUCCAAUUCUCAUGACAAAGAGGUUCAAAGGUUGUACGAGGAGAUGGAACUACAAAUCAGAACCGAGAGAGAGAGAAUACGUAAUGAGGUAAUUCACGCCAUCCAAACUUUUUCUAUCUAUUAGAGAAGAUGCAGCAGUCAACCCUCUAACUACCAAGAUCUGACUGUUAAUUCUCCCCUCUAGCUGCUACACAUUUCCUUGUAAAUGAGUUAUGAGAUCUUGGUGUUAGAUCAAGCUAGCAGCUUCUACCUGAUAAGUUUGAAUAUUCUCAUGACCUGUUUGCCGAAUAACGUAUGGAUAUUGUAGGGAGAAGUUUUAUGUUAGUCACUUCUGGGAGUUCAAGGGUUCAACCUUUGACCCUAAAAGUGAUAAGCAUCUAACUUCUCCUUACAAUAUCAAUCCUGAAUCAAACAUUAAGGUCUCAAGAAAAAGGAAAUAAUCACCAAUUAAGAAAUUUUUGUUUGUCAAAAGCAUUCUCCUUUGCAGUAAAUAUGGAAAUGUAUAGAGAACAGUAUAGAGAAUAUGCAUACAGACAACAAGUGUCAUAGAGGGAUAAAUUGUGAUUUGGAUUGAGAGGCUUUUUGUUAAUUUCGUGUUUUUGCAGCAAAUAAAGCGGGAAAAAGCUUUGAAAGAUGAGCUUGUCCACGAGUUGGAGAACAAAGAGUUGGAAAUGCAGCUUCUGUUACAGAAACAAAAAGCGGUGAGUUCAUUUAUUUAUCUAUCUAUUUUCGUUUUCCAUCAUAGAGUUUCUGUGUGUUUCCUCCUGCACCUGUUGGACACCCUAAAGACUUCCUAUUGGAGCCAAAGCAGGACAGUGUUGAACGUGGGAUGGCAUUUUUUGUUGGGGGGGAGGGGGAAGAGAGAAACGAUGCGUGUUAUUUGAGUGGAAAAAGCUGCAGAAUAUUUAUUGAGAAAGGGUAAAGCGCCAUGGAGGUCAAAAUUCUGGCAGUGGAGUAAAUUUAAAGGAUGACCUUACUUUCGCAGAGGUAGAUCUCCUGUGCACGCAUUAAAAGAGGCCCGGGCUCGAGCCAUAGUAACCUUGUUGUGGUGCGUGUUUAGGCAAGACGUUGUCCUUUCUCCUUCUGCCUUGGAGUGUAGUGUCAGAGGAAACUUGAAAAAAUCCUGAGUGGUUACCUGUGCUGAUAUAGCCUCUUGAUAAGGAAGAAAUUCGUAGAGCUUCACAUUGCAAAAGUCCGGAAAAACUCUGGCAGUGACGGGUUUCUGAGACCGUAACAUAUUAAGACCCCAUCUCCUGCUACUUCGUUCUUCUUCAGAAUCUCUCCCUAGGGAAAACAUUUUAGCGAGAAAGCUUUUUCUGUGAUGACUUAGUAAGCAGUCUUGCUGGACAAAAUACAGUUACUGCCUCCAGGGCUGCUUAAAACUCUUUUUUUUUUUAACAAACUCAAUCUCUUCUUUUCAGCUUGAAGACGAAAUUCAGAGGAAGCAUGAAACGGAGCAAGACAUCAAGAGCGAAAAUGAGAAGCUUUUUCAGGUGAGUGCAACAAAGCCAGCUAAGUCACUCGUCAUGAGAUUUUGGGUGUCUUUACGUAGUCUUUCAUGUUAGAUAUGCCAGGCUUAUGCUUUCUGCUGAGGGAUGAUUUGCGGUUGAUUGGAUGCGUUAAAACAAAAAGUAACUUCACAUGGACUCUCUUUGGCCAUAUAUGAGGAAUUCCAUACAGUGCCGAUUCUCACUUUUUUUCUGUCAUAAGUAGCCCAAGCUCUAUAUAAGAAAAUGUAUGUACUACCUUGAUUAAGAUUCUCCUGCUCAUACUACAGAUUUAAAAGUUUAAAUGUGGAAAUACGCGGAAACUGAACACUGACCAAAUUUCUCGGUAAAAAUCGUCUUAAAAAUCACACCGGAGGCAAAAGAACGGUCAACUGAAGCAUCAUCGCUAAUUUUUUUUUAAGUACUUAAAUAUUGGACUCUUUGUUUCAAAAUACAAUCGUUUUCACCAUGCAAAUCUUUACGUUUCUACUAGUACGAAAUAGCAACGUAGUACAAGUGCACUUCUUCUAAAGAUCUUGAGCUACUUGUGGUCCCUACCUCUAACUUUAACCGGUAGACCUGCUCAAAACUACUAUCAAAAUGCGAUCCUUUCAGUUCCCACUUUAGAGGCAGCAUUUGUAGACGUUUCAUUCGUCUUAUUGGCCACGAUUGAUGUAAAUCUCGUAUUCCAAUUAGAAAACAAUGCACCUGGAGGAGAUGUUGAGUAAUUCUGUCAGCUCGUUACAAGAUACAAAGAGCUACGUCAACCAACUUCAAGCUCAAACUGCUUUGGAAAAGAAAGAACGGGCAAGGUAA